UUGCGAUGGCCCGUACAAAGCAGACUGCCCGUAAAUCCACCGGAGGUAAAGCUCCUAGAAAGCAGCUCGCCACCAAGGCAGCUCGUAAGAGCGCUCCUGCUACUGGCGGCGUGAAAAAGCCUCACCGCUAUAGGCCUGGGACUGUAGCUUUGCGUGAGAUCCGUCGUUAUCAGAAGUCUACGGAGCUGCUGAUCCGUAAGCUUCCUUUCCAGCGCCUGGUGAGGGAAAUCGCUCAAGAUUUCAAGACCGAUCUGCGUUUCCAGAGUUCCGCCGUCAUGGCGUUGCAGGAAGCCAGUGAGGCUUACUUGGUUGGUCUGUUUGAGGACACCAACUUGUGCGCCAUCCACGCCAAGAGGGUAACCAUCAUGCCCAAGGACAUCCAGUUGGCGCGUCGCAUCCGCGGCGAACGUGCUUAAGGUCUGGGCGCCAGUGAUCCGCCUGGAUAACCCAAAGGCUCUUUUCAGAGCCGCCUCCAUAGUCCAAAAAGAGCGAGUCUUUAUCGUUCUGGUUAAACUGCGAAAUCAUCUCACUCCUUUUAUUGAACUUACUAAAAUUUUAAUAUAUAGAACUUAAAAUUAAACUGCAUAAAAAUGAACAAUGUUUUCUAUCCUACGGUUUAGCUCAAUUUCAGUUCUUCAGAUACCUCAUUUUUAGACUUGUACAAGUUAUAACCGAUAUUAUGUAUCAUCCACGCACA